AAUUAAUUAGUGGUGAAACCAACAAAUGGUAGUACUACAGCUUCUUGCAGAGUAACGUGAGAACGCCUGCAAUCGCCUCACCCUAUGCUCGUAUCAGUACACUUGGUUUUCGCUCUCGCACUCUGAGCCGACGAGGUCCUUCGUGUGCUCGCUGAUACAGCAACAGGGCAGGAUAUAACAGGACCCCAACCUGCAGAGUGUUGCCAUUCCCGAAAUCGUUCAGGUUCCCCAAACAUUUGUGUACCUUAACAGGCGCGCCGACAAAAACUGCAAGCUGCACAAAAUCUUUGCCUUAAAAAGUGUCACAGAAAAGUAAUAUCAAAAUGUGUGUUUAUUUGGGAGCCACUGACGAUCUAAUGGAGAUAACUUUCUUCGUCCUGUGCCGUGUCCUGGAGCUGUCUCUCUUCACCUGUAUGAUGAUAUGCAACGCGAUCAAGUCCAAGUGGAACAACACCAAGGCCAUCGAGAUGGCAGAGCCUUGACCCAACGGAUGGCAGCAUGACUACAUAGAUGUGGAGCCUACUGCCAAUUCGAUAGUGUGACUUGUUCUUCUUCAUGUGUGUGUGAAAGUUCAAUUAGCGAUGCAAUAUCCAUAGGAAUAAGCAUAAAUGUCUGUGUAAAUGUUCUAGGUGAAACCUUUUCGUAUAGGAUAAACAUACAUAUAUGGUUCAAUAGAAAAAGCAUAACUGUGUAAAUGUUCCAGAGAGCACCAAUAAAUUAUUAUAAUUAUGA